UCUCAACAGUGUACUCAAUCAUCAAUAAAUCAAACGCAUCUAUAAAGAACCCCCUUCGCCCUCUCUCUCUCUCUCUCUCUCUCGUCUUCUGCAUCAUCAUCGUCUUCUCCAUCGCCACGAGUCGCUAGGGUUUCCAGCUCCGCCGCUUCAUCUGAUAACCUUAUCCGAUUGAUUUCGCGGCGAACCUCAAAGAAGGCGUGUUGAUCGCAAUUCUAUUUGGUUGAAUCAGUUUCAGAUCGUUUAUCUGUGAAUAAGGCGGAUGAUCUAAUGGAGUCCAAAGGUGGGAAGAAGAGUAGCAGUAGUAGUAAAUCUUUGUUCUACGAAGCUCCCCUCGGUUACAGCAUUGAGGACGUGCGCCCUAAUGGUGGAAUCAAGAAGUUCCGAUCUGCUGCUUACUCCAACUGCGCGCGCAAACCAUCCUGAUAUUCUCCGAGUUGGUGUCUCGACCACUUGAAGUGGUCCAUUUUCCGUUUUCGCAAUAGUAGUUUUUCUUCUUAUUUCCAGAGAACAUCUUUCUUGCUCCUCUCUCCACUCUCUCCGCAACUGCUAUCUUGGUGUAAUCGUGACUGCUGCUGUUGGUAAACAUGACCAUGAUGGGAGUUUCUCCGAUCGGCUUCGAAGGUUAUGAAAAGAGGCUAGAGAUUUCAUUCUUUGAGCUGGGAAUCUUUGUUGAUCCCGAAGGAAAGGGGCUCCGAUCACUCUCCAGGGUCCAGCUGGAUGAUAUUCUUACCCCUGCUGAAUGCACUAUCGUGUCUUCACUCUCAAACGACCAUGUCGAUUCCUAUGUCCUUUCAGAGUCCAGCCUAUUUGUCUACCCUUACAAGAUUAUCAUAAAAACUUGUGGGACCACUAAGCUGUUGCUUUCAAUUCCCCCGAUCCUCAAUCUUGCUCGUGCCCUGUCUCUCACUGUGAAAUCUGUGCGUUACACCCGUGGGAAUUUCAUCUUUCCUGGAGCCCAGCCUCAUCCUCAUCGUAAGUUCAGUGACGAAGUCGCAGUCCUCGAUAGCUAUUUUGGGAAGCUCGGCUCAGGAAGCAAGGCUUAUGUGAUGGGUGCAUUUGACAAUACGAAGAAAUGGCAUGUCUAUUCUGCUUCUGCUGAGGUUGAGAACUCUGCUAGCCCUGUUUAUACUAUGGAGAUGUGCAUGACUGGUUUGGAUAAGAAGUCAGCUUCUAUCUUCUUCAAGGACAACUCGGGAUCAGCUGCUGCGAUGACUGUUGACUCUGGUAUUAGAAAGAUUCUCCCGAAAUCUGACAUAUGUGACUUUGAGUUUGAGCCCUGUGGGUAUUCCAUGAAUGCCAUCGAAGGUCCUGCAAUAUCCACCAUUCAUGUCACACCAGAAGAUGGUUUCAGUUAUGCGAGCUUUGAAGCUGUGGGCUACGAUCUAAGAGGUCUCAGCUUGAACCAGUUGAUUGAAAGGGUGCUGGCUUGCUUCAAGCCGAAGGAGUUCUCUGUUUCUGUGCAGUCUGAUGCAGCUCUUACGUUAAUCAAGCAGAGCUUCCUGCUGAAUGUGAAGGGAUACCGUUGUGGAGAGAGGAGCCUUGAAGAACUCGGUGCUGGUGGGUCCAUCGUCUAUCAGAGUUUUGUGAUGACUCCAUCUGUGGGGCCUGCUGUGUCGGUUCUGAAAAGCUUCUGCAUGGAGGAAGAGGAGCUUCAGUAUGACAUGUCUCGAAUAUCGGUGGCUAAGCCAAAGCUGAGGAACAUUGUCAUAACUCCAAUGUUGCUGACUAAGUUAAAGCAAGGGGGGAAACGCCCGUAUCAGCUAUGGAGCGCGCUUUAGCGGUAUACUGACUCUGAAGAUGUGCUUCAUCCUGCUGCAAUGUCAUGGCGUGGGCGUUAAUAUCACUAGAAUGAUUCAUGAAUACUAUCUGGAACUUCUAUUAUAUUCAUUAGUGCUAUGAUAGGAAUAAGGAAUGUACCCAAGAAAACUGUUGUUUUCGUCUCGAACUUGUAACAAAUCAGUUGAUGCUAUAACAACACAUCGACAAUGUGCAUAUGUGAUUGCUUGAUUUAUCCUUA